GUGAAACUAGAUGAUAAUGUUUAUAUAUCCUGAUUGAUAUCAGAGUCAAUUUCGAAACUAAAAAGAUGGAUUGUAUGUGUUUCAUUUUUACAAUUGUUUAUAUUUUAUUUGUUCUACCAAGUCAUCAGUGCGCUGGUCGUCUUUUAUCAAUAGUUCCCCUUUCAAGGCGUGUAUGACGAUGGCAUAUUGUUAUUAUAUCGGACGGUAGAAGUCAUGAAAACAUCAACAAGCAGAGAUAGAAUGUGGCACAUUGCGACUGCUAAAUACCGAUCCUAUCAAUCCAGGUGAAGGUAGAGGUCUCAAAUAUCAGAAGUCAAACCACGGGUUUGGUCCGAUGGUGGAAGAAUAGAACUGACAUAAUAGAAAGCGACUUGCAGCGUUUCUCUAUUCAAGUUGACCAUGACAGAGUCACGUUGACAAUACAUAACGUCACAGCUGAAGAUAACGGUGGUUACACAAUGAAUUUAGGAAACAUAGAGUGCUCACCACCUAUGGAAAUUUUAGUUACAGUGAAAGAGCCAAAGGUCCUAUCUAUUAUUCCCCAAUUCCCUGACAACGUUAACAUCCCAGAAUUGGAUUGUGCACAAUGCCUGGUGGGAACGGUUGGCGUCUACAUGAACGUGGAAUGUAUUGUGUCUGGGAUCAGCCAGAAAAACCUGAUCCUUGCGUUGAAGCUGAAAAGAAAUGGACAAGAUGUCCCCAAUGUGACUGUGGAAGGUUUGCCAUUGUAUCGAGUAUUCUAUUCGUACAUGCCGAGUGAAGAUGAUACAGAUCAUACCGUUACUUGCGAGGCUGCUAAAGAUGGCCAACAGCCCACAAUAGUAUCAAUCACUCUGCUCGUUUUGCGGAAACCAUCGAUCCCUACAAUAACGCUGCCGGAAUCGAUCAAAGAAGGAAAGCAUGCACAUAUUACUUGCAAAACCUUCAAUGCCCGACCGGAGCCAAGACUCUACUUCAUGUACAAUUCAACAACUUACAGUACAAGCAACAACUUUUCCCAAAUGAAAGGCGAUAAAACAGUUGAUGUUAAAACAAUAUUAGACAUCACUUUCAGUCGAUAUGACAAUUCCAAGAGUUUAACUUGUUUUGUUGAGUUUAGAGAGUAUGAUAAAAACACACCGAAAAUAAAAACAAAUUACUCGACUUCUGCCAUUGAUGUUUUAUUCCCACCGAAGUCUAUACAGCUUGAAGAAUUAGAGAGAACCAACGAUGAAAAAGGUAAUACCAGUCUCCGGUUACAGUGUACAAGCGACGUAUCUAAUCCAGUUAGUGAAAUAAAAUGGAACAUCACGUCUAAUUUUCAAUCUGAACCCUCCCAGGAAAAGGAAAAGGCUGAACAAUUAUCUGGAUUUGUAAGGACUAAGAUGUUAUCUGCCAACCUCACUCGACAUAACAAUGGAGAACAACUAUCAUGUUACAUAGAAAAUCCUGAGUUCCCAGAGAUCAAAGUAAUCAAAACCUAUAAAAUCAACAUUACUUACAAGCCGUUCAUCAGUUUUUCUCCCAGUUCUUCAGUAACUACCUACGUGGAUGACAGUAUAAGCGUUGUAUGUCAAUGUGACGCAAACCCAGCAGCUGAGAUUGUCUGGUCAAACACUUCUUCGAAUAAAAUAGGUAAACGGAAUGAAGAUAGCCUAGAACUGAACUUGCAAUAUCACUCAACUGGUCGCCAUAAUUUCACGUGUAAUGCGAAAAACACAAUUGGUUCGGCGGUAAAUGAAGUUUUCAUCUUGGUCAAAGAAAAGCCAUUUAAAACAACAAUACCGAUGACAAGGCCUACGUCAUCAUCCACCGGUAAAAACAACUCUUCCUCCAUGUUGAUCGGUAUUAUUUGCGGCUGCCUAGCGGUGCUAAUUAUCGUGUUGGUAGCUGUCGGGUGCGUGGUGUUAUCUAGAAGAAGAAAGAAAACCCCGACGAGAGAAGGUUCUUACAGUGUGCAAAUUCAGGAGCGACAACCGAGUUUUCAACCGCUAGGUCCCGUGUACGACAAUCUGGCUGGUUCCAAUCACGGUGAUGCUCCAUCGGAAGCUAUUGCUGAACCGGUUGAGUACGCUUGUAUUGUUAAAAAGGAAAAGAGACAAACUACAAAACCUCAGGCCGAGGAUGGAGCACUCAUCUACGCUGAUCUUGAUCUUCCAGCAGAGGGUUCCACACGAGGGAAGCCAGCAGUGAAUUUAGACGUCGGAACAACAUACGUGUCAAUCGAUUUUGCUCAGACAGCUAAAAUGAAAGGAUCUGUGUUAGACGAAUAGUUACAUGAGUGGAAAAUGACCCGAUUAUUAUUUGUUAAUUGAUGUAGCGUUGCUAUUAUGCUUUGUAAGCCUUAUGUGUUUCUGUUAACGUAGUUCUGCUCCCUUUUAAUUGGUUGAGACCGAGGUCACAUAUACUUAAUAUAUAAUAAAUUUAAUCCUUUACAGAGACCAAGUGCGAACAUUAAUCAUACAUAAGAACUGAAGCUGUAACAAUAGCAUUGAUUUAUUUAUUUUGCUUAAAAUUUGAUGUAUUUGUAAAGGGUCGUAACUGAUGUUGUUAAACUAGUCGCCAAAUCAUUGUUCAUGUCCAUACUGAUGAAUAUUUACUUAUAUUUACUUUGCUAUAUUACAAUGUUCCUUUAACUACGUCUUCUUUAUUAUAUUGUGUUAAUAUACUCUCAUGCAAUAACGUAUGAUUCUGACCUAUAUUUCAAAAUGUUUGUAGACACUUCAUUUUUUAAAUUAUAUUAAAUUUUAUCAAAAUGUCACAACGUACAAUUAAGAUUUGCACUGAUGACAGCAGUAAAACAAAGUAGAAUAGCAGUAACGCAUUUCUACUGUUAUGAUAUAGUUACAAAUAUAAUGUGUCGCACUGAUAUUAGAAUAUUUCUGUCAACAUCUACGAAUCCUUUGUCAAAUUGUAAAAGUUUCAUGUCCUCGCAUUCAUUAUCUUAGCAAUUAGUAGAUGAGCUUUAUGAUUUCAUGCUUGUGUCCUGAUGUUUCGGGAGUUUGUUUUCUGGGCGAGAAAAUAUGACAAUUUGCGGCAACGAAAACGGCUACUGUUCGCCAUGCAUAUGCCAGUACUCUCCCAUGUUUAUGAAGCAUACGUAUUGCAUUUAUCUCGUGCACAUCAAACACACCUACUGCAUCAACUCUCAAUAAAUAACGCACGCACGGCUGUUAUCUAGCUUGCACAAAAAGCCCACACAUAACUGUUUUAGUUCAUGAAGGAUAAACACAUUAUCUGCAGUUUACUUUUCUAUACUUCGAAUUCACUCUUACUACAUCCUCUUCAUUCAAAGUGUCAUAAGUAGCUAUUAAUGAUUGUGAAAAAUGGAGAAUAACGUGUGUAUUUCCUGAUUGAUAUCACAGUGAAUUCGAAGCAGCAAAUAUGGAUUAUAUGAUUUUCAUUUGUAAAAUUGUUUAUGUUCUAUUUUGUCUACCAAGUCAUCGAUGUGAAGGUAAGACACUAAUUAUUAUUAAGUGAC